CUAAAUGACCAUUUCCUGCGUGUUAAAACCUACAUUCGGUUACAAGUCGUUUACUUGACAAGUCCUGUCGAGGCAAAGUGCCUGAGGGGUUUUUGUCGAAUUCCACCCUCCCGUUUCGCUCCCGUCCUCCUGUUCAGCAGCAAUUGGUCGAUUUCCCCCCCCCGUCAGUCCACAGGAUGAAAUGAGGUGAAGGAAGGAGAGAGAGAAGUAGAGGGGGAUGAAUAUCCGAAGGGAUGGUUGAAUAACGACGCAAGAAACACCCACCCCCAGUUUGAGUCUGGACUGACUGACGGAAUAGUUGACUGAGAGAGGCUGAAACAAACCAGGGAGACGGAGACAUACACCCUGGGGACUGAGAGGAUCCGUGGGAAAUAGGAGCGUUUAGGAUUUGAUGACUUGUGCAGAAGGAGCAUCACAGUUGUAAGGAUGCUGAUUGUAGGAGUCCCAAUAAGGACGUGGUGUCCUCUGCUCUUCCUGGUGUUGGCUGUACAUUUCCCAGCCCCUGCCCAGGGUCAAGUUCCAGCUCCCAGAAGAUUACGUUUUAAAGUGCUGGGUACGAGCAAAUUACAUGUAUCAUGGAAAGAGCCGAAAGGGAAAGUCGACGGCUAUAGAGUUUUAUACCAGAGUGAACCAGGUGAAGAGUACAAGGAGCUGCGCGUUUCCAAGGGAGACCAUAAAGUGGUGAUCCAGGACUUUGAUGCCAUGAGGGAGUACCACGUCAGGGUUCUAGCUGUGAGAGGGAACCAGCAGAGCAGAGCACUACAAGGGAAGUAUGCCGCUGAAGACCUGGAGGGGAGGGAGGAGAGGGGAGAGCACAUUGCCUCUGAGACUUGAUGACACCGGAGGGACUGAGGAGAUCAACGAGAUAUCUGGAGCGGAUCCUUUUGUCUGUACGACUCAGGCCAUAGCUGACAUAGUGAUCCUGGUGGAUGGAUCCUGGAGCAUCGGGAGGCUCAACUUCCGCUUGGUCCGCAUGUUCCUGGAGAACCUGGUCAGCGCUUUCAGCGUCGGGAUCGACCAGACCAGGAUAGGUCUGGCCCAGUACAGUGGGGACCCCAGGAUAGAGUGGCAUCUGAAUGCCUUCACCACUAAAGAUGCAGUCCUGGAUGCUGUGAAGAACCUGCCCUAUAAGGGAGGCAACACACUGACAGGCCUGGCGCUGACCUAUAUCCUGGAGAACAGCUUCAAGCCCGAGUCAGGCGCCAGGAGCGGGGUACCCAAAGUCGGUAUCCUAAUCACAGAUGGGAAGUCCCAGGAUGACGUGAUCCCCCCUGCCCAGAGCCUGAGGGACGCUGGCAUCGAACUCUUCGCCAUUGGUGUAAAGAAUGCUGAUGAGAAUGAGCUGAGGGCUAUAGCUUCUGAGCCUGACAACACUCAUGUGUACAACGUGGCAGACUUCAGCAUCAUGAGCUCUAUCAUAGAGGGACACAGUACCCAGAUAGUCUGUGAACUGGUAGAGGAGCAGGACAAGGAGAUCAAAGGAGAGUCUGCAGGUCAGGAGACACAGGGAGCCCCUCAGGACCUAUUGACAUCAGAGGUGACAGCCAGGAGUUUCAGGGUGUCCUGGAGUCACGCUCCCGGCAGUGUAGAGAAGUACCGUGUGGUGUUCUACCCUGCUACCCAGGGAGGACGGCCUGAAGAGGCUGUGGUGGACGGCACAGAGAACUCUGUGGUUCUGCGGUAUCUCAACUCCUUAACAGAGUACCAGUUAGCUGUGUUCGCUGUCUACACCAGCUCAGCGAGCGAGGCACUUCGUGGCAGCGAGACCACAUUGGCUCUCCCCAUGGUGAACGGCCUGGAGCUGUACGACGUUACCCACAACACCAUGCGGGCGCGGUGGAGCGGUGUGCAGGGCGUCUCGGGGUACAUGGUCCUAUACGCCCCCCUGACCAAGGACCAGGCCUCCGACGAGAAAGAGAUGAAGGUGUCAGACGCAGUAACUGAUCUACAGCUGGAGGACUUGACUCCUGCCACUGAGUACACGGUGACAGUCUACGCCAUGUAUGGAGAAGAAACCAGCGAUCCUACGAGUAGCCAGCAGACCACCUUGCCAUUGAGCCCUCCCAAGAACCUUGUGUUCUCCGAGGUGGACCACAACUCAGCCAAACUGUCGUGGGAAGCUGCCUCUAGGAAGGUGACAGGAUACCGCAUCAUGUACGUCAAGACUGACGGGCUAAAGACUGAUGAGGUGGAUGUGGGUCCAGUCACGUCCUGGACUCUGAAUGACCUGACGUCUGCAACGGAGUAUGAGGUAGCCAUAUUUGGGAUCUACGACGAGGGCCAAUCAGAAGCUCUCUCUGGCAGCUUCACCACCGACCCUGUGCCAGGACCUCUUGACCUCCAGACCAAUGAGGUCACCGCGGAGAGCUUCCGGGUCAGCUGGGGUCACUCUGCUCCGGGCAUCGUCCUCUACAAACUGACCUGGGCUCCUUAUGGUGGAGGGGACACUAAGGAGAUGGCUCUAAGUGGUGAUGUGGACUCCUUCCUCCUCAGUGGACUGAGCCCUAACACAGAGUAUGAAGUGAUGCUCCAAGCCGUCUUCAAAGACCAAUCAGAGAGUGAUGCGGUGUUAGUGGUGGAGACGACACUUGCCAGGACAACAACGGUUGCCACUACAACGCCAGUGGUGCGUCAGGCGGUGAGUGGCCUGCAGGUCCAAGAGGAGACCACCUACAGCCUGGAGGUGUCAUGGCAGCUGGAGGAUCCUAAGGUGGCCCAGUACAGAGUCACCUACGUCAGCCUCACAGGAGACCGCAACGAGGAGUCAGUCCUGGUGCCUGGGCAGCAGACCACAGUCCUUCUCCAGCCUCUGCUGUCUGACACAGAGCACAAGGUGACGGUCACCCCAGUCUACACAGAUGGACAGGACGGCAUCAGUGUUUCUUCAGUGGGCAGAACAUUGCCCCUCUCGGCGCCUAGCAACCUGAGGGUGUCUGAGGAGUGGUUCAGUCGCUUCCGCAUCACCUGGGACACGCCUCCUUCUCCCACGUUGGGCUUCAGGGUAGUCUACCAACCCACCUCUGUGCCGGGGUCAGCUCUGGAGACCUUUGUGGGAGACGACGUCAACACCAUGCUGAUCCUGAACCUGCAGAGUGACACUGAGUACACUGUGAAGGUCAUCUCUUCCUACACCACGGGAUCCAGCCAACCUCUCCAGGGCACCGCCAAGACAUUGUACCUGGGCGUGACCAACCUGAACACCUACCAGGUGAUGAUGUCCAGUAUGUGUGUUCAGUGGCAGCCACAUCGUCAGGCUGACCUCUACAGGGUGGUCAUCGAGUCUCUGCUCAAUGGCCAGAAACAGGAAGUGAGUGUUGGAGGCUCUGCGUCUAGACAGUGUUUCUAUGAUCUGACCCCUAACAGUAUAAGAUUUCUACAGGACAUGGAGGGACCUGCCGUACCAACUGACCUCAACACUCUCAUCACAGACACAACACUCCCCGCCCCCACCCAGCCACCAACACCACCCCCCACGUCCCCCCUACCGACCAUACCGCCCGCCAAGGAAGUCUGUAAGGCAGCCAAAGCUGACCUGGUCUUCUUGGUGGACGGGUCUUGGAGCAUCGGAGACGACAACUUCCAGAAGAUUAUCCGCUUCCUGUACAGUACGAUGGGAUCUCUGGAUCUGAUUGGUCCUGACGGCACACAGGUUGCUAUAGCACAGUUCAGUGAUGAUGCCAGGACUGAGUUCAAGCUGAACUCAUACGCUAACAAGGAAACGCUGCUCGACGCCAUCAGGCGAAUCACAUACAAGGGAGGGAACACCAAGACAGGCCGGGCCAUUAAGCACGUGAAGGAAUCUAUCUUCACCUCAGAGGGAGGAGUGAGGAGGGGGGUUCCUAAGGUACUGGUGGUCCUCACCGAUGGCCGUUCCCAAGACGACGUCAACAAGGUCUCCAAGGAGAUGCAGAUGGAAGGCUACAUCAUCUUUGCCAUCGGCUUUGCUGAUGCGGACUACGGAGAGUUGGUGAACAUCGCCAGCAAACCCAGCGACAGACACGUCUUCUUUGUGGACGAUUUGGACGCUGUCAAGAAAAUUGAGGAGCAGCUGAUCACUUUUGUGUGUGAGGCUGCAACUGCCACUUGUCCAUCGGUUCUGAUGAGUGGCAACACCAUGGCAGGCUUCAGGAUGAUGGACAUGUUUGGCCUGGUAGAGAAGGAGUACAGUAACGUAGAGGGAGUGUCCCUGGAACCAGGCUCCUUCAACAGCUUCCCCUGCUACAGACUGCACAAAGACGCCCUGGUCUCACAGCCCACCAAGUAUCUCCACCCAGAAGGUUUACCCUCUGACUACACCAUCACCAUCCUGUUCCGCCUGCUACCAGACACCCCCCAGGAGCCCUUUGCAUUGUGGGAGAUCCUCAACAAAGACAAUGAACCCCUGGUGGGGGUCAUCCUGGACAAUGGUGGGAAGACUCUGACGUUCUUCAACCACGACUACAAGGGAGACUUCCAGACAGUCACUUUUGACGAGCCUGACAUCAAGAAGAUGUUCUAUGGCAGUUUCCACAAGCUCCACAUGGCGAUCAGUAAGACCACAGCCAGGGUGGUGGUUGACUGUAAGGUAGUGGGAGGAAAGCCCAUCAACGCAGCUGGCAACAUCAGUAUAGACGGGGUGGAGGUACUGGGACGCAUGGUACGAUCCAGAGGGAAGAGAGACAACUCAGCUCCGUUCCAGAUCCAGAUGUUUGACAUUAUCUGCAGCACGUCCUGGGCCAGUCGAGACAAGUGCUGUGAGCUCCCUGGAAUGAGGCUGGAGGAGGACUGUCCUGCCAUGCCCCAUGCCUGUAGCUGUUCUCAGGACAGUAAAGGACCUCCCGGACCCACAGGACCUCCCGGAGGUGCUGGUAUCAGAGGGACCAGGGGAGAUCGAGGGGAGCCAGGCAAUGUGGGGCCUCAAGGACUAGUUGGUGAUAAAGGUCCUCCUGGACCACAGGGCCCCCCUGGUCCUCAAGGGCCUAGUGGACAUUCCAUCCAGGGACCACCGGGGGGUGAUGGUGAAAAGGGAGAGAAGGGAGAUGUUGGUUUACCAGGACCUCAGGGUGUUGGUGGAUCUCCUGGCGGAUCCGGAAGAGAUGGACCAGUUGGACAGAGGGUAACAGUCUAUUCAUUUUGUUUGACUUACAGAUUCAUUAUUUCCAUUAUGUAUUGUUAUAUAUGCCAUUUAGCAGACGCUUUUAUCCAAAGCGACUUACAGUCAUGUGUGCAUACAUUAUACGUAUGGGUGACUGACGAAAGCAACACAGGCUGCUACAUCAACAGGACGGUUUUAGGGUCAACUUACCUGACAUUAAGUCACCUGAAGGCCCAAGGAUAUGUAUGUAUACACGCCAUGGAUAAUGAUGGUGACGACGAUGAUGAUGACGAUGAUGGUGACGAUGAUGAUGGUGACGAUGAUGGUGACGAUGAUUAUGAUGGUGAUGAUGGUGACGAUGAUGAUGAUGACGAUGAUGGUGACGAUGAUGGUGACGGUGAUGAUGAUGGUGACGGUGAUUAUGAUGGUGACGUUGAUCAUUUGUCUCUCCACCAGGGCAGUCCUGGAGCCCCCGGGGCCCCUGGUGGAAGUGGCUCUCCUGGACCGCUGGGAGACCAGGGACCACCUGGCUCUGCUGGUACCAAAGGAGACAAGGGUGAACGGGGAGACCUGCAGUCUCAAGCUACCGUCAGGGCCUUAGCACGCCAAGUGUGUGAGCAACUGAUUCAGAGUCACCUGUCUCGCUACAGCUCCAUCCUGAACCAGAUCCCCAGCCAGUCAGUGUCUGUGAGGACGGUACCGGGACCUCCAGGAGAGCCCGGUCGCAGGGGUCUGCCAGGGCCACAGGGAGAGGGGGGGCCCACAGGCAGACCAGGGUUCCCUGGGACCAACGGACAGGAUGGACGACCGGGGGAGAGAGGUCUCCCAGGAGAGAAGGGGGAGAGGGGGAGUCAAGGUGUGGGGACACAGGGCCCCAGAGGUCCCCCAGGACCACCAGGUCUUCUAGGAGAGGGGCGUACAGGCAGCCAAGGCCCCGCCGGUAGACCAGGCAACCAGGGUACCCCAGGGCGACCAGGCACCCCUGGAUCCACGGGCCCUGCUGGUGCUGCUGGCUACUGCGACCAGAACUCCUGUUUGGGCUACAACGUUGGAGGAGGACAGGAACAGGAAUAUGAGAAUGACUACUGAGCAACAUUCUCUUAGUUCCAGACACCCUUUCCUCUCCUACCUCCCUCUCCUCUCCUCUCCUCUCCUACCUCCCCUCUCCUCUCCUCUCCUACCUCCCUCUCCUCUCCUCUCCUACCUCCCACCCUCUCCUCUCCUCUCCCCUCAGUCCAUCAGCCACC